UAGUUAAAAAUUGAGGGCUAAAAAAGGAGUUGGAAAAAAAAAAAAGAAUUGGACUUUGUGUUUGGAAUGGGAAAAAUUAGAAGAAGAAGAAGAAGAAGAAGAAGAAGAAGAAUAUGCAUAACAUCGCGUAUUCUCGAUUAGGCGGACUUCAAAAAUCCCUCUCUCUUUACAGAAAAGUUCCAUGGUGGGAUCAUAUUCUAAAACCCGAUUCCGAUUUCGUUGUUCGAUGGAAUCGGAUUUUCCUCGUCACUUGCUUGAUCGCUCUCUUCAUCGAUCCUCUUUACUUUUACCUCAUCAUCAUCGGCGGCCCUGCUUGUAUGCGUUUCAACACUCGCCUCGGCAUCGUCGUCACUUUCUUCCGCACCAUCGUCGAUUUCUUCUCCUUGUUUCACAUUCUUAUGAAGUUUCGAACCGCCUUCGUCGCCCCUAAUUCUAGGGUUUUUGGCCGUGGCGAUCUCGUUAUGGACCUUAACGCCAUUGCUAUGCGCUACAUUAAGAAGGAUUUUCUCAUUGAUCUUGCUGCUACGCUUCCCCUGCCUCAGAUUGUGAUUUGGUUCGUGAUUCCAGCAGUGAAAAGCCCAUCAGCAGCCCAUGCCAACCACACUCUUGCAUUGAUUGUCCUCAUUCAGUAUGCACCCAGACUGUUUGUUAUAUUUCCUCUGAAUAGACGGAUCAAUAAAACCACUGGGGCAAUAGCCAAAACUGCUUGGGCUGGUGCAGCUUAUAAUCUCCUUCUCUAUUUGCUUGCUAGUCAUGUGAUCGGAGCUGCAUGGUAUAUAGCAUCAAUUCAGCGUCAGGAUGAGUGCUGGAAAAUAGAAUGUAGGAAGGAGAUGAAUACCACUCAUUCUCCUUCUUGCGUGCCUUCUUUUAUGGAUUGUGAUACUUUGACUUUACCAGAACGACAAGCUUGGCUAAGAGUUACUCGUGUUCUUACAAAAUGCGAUGCACUAAACGAUGACAAGGAUUUUGAGUUUGGAAUGUUUGCUGAUGCGUUCACUGAUGAAGUUGCUUCAGCAAACUUUUUUGAGAAGUACUUCUACUGCCUUUGGUUUGGUUUAAAGAGUUUGAGUUCAUAUGGACAAAAUUUAACGACAAGCACUUAUAGUGGUGAAAUUUUAUUUAGCAUUGUGAUUUGCUCCUUGGGAUUGGUUCUGUUUUCACACCUCAUAGGCCAAGUGCAGAGCUAUCUGCAAUCCACAACAGCUAGACUUGAACAGUGGAGAGUAAAACGAAGAGAUACAGAGGAAUGGAUGAGGCAUCGACAGUUACCUCUUCAUUUGCAAGAACGAGUUCGUCGAUUCGUUCAAUAUAAAUGGAUUGCAACUCGAGGUGUAGACGAAGAGUCGAUCUUGCGCUCAUUACCUUUGGAUCUUCGUCGUCAAAUUCAAAGACAUCUUUCUCUUGCACUCGUUCGUCGUGUUCCCUUUUUUGCACAAAUGGAUGGUCAGCUAUUAGAUGCCAUAUGCGAGCGUCUCGUCUCGUCCUUGAAUACCAAAGACACAUUCAUAACGAGAGAGGGAGAUCCAGUAAAUGAGAUGCUCUUCAUCAUCAGAGGCCAACUAGAGAGCUCCACCACCAAUGGAGGCAGGUCAGGAUUCUUCAACUCCAUCACUCUCAGACCAGGGGACUUCUGCGGCGAAGAACUACUAACAUGGGCCUUAGUCCCAACCCCUAGCUUAAGCUUCCCCUCCUCAACUCGAACCGUGAAGUCUCUCACCGAAGUCGAGGCAUUUGCACUUCGAGCGGAAGAUCUCAAGUUUGUAGCUAGCCAGUUCAAGCGCCUCCAUAGCAAGAAACUCCAACAUGCUUUUAGAUAUUAUUCCCACCAAUGGAGGACUUGGGGAUCUUGCUUUAUACAAGCUGCUUGGAGAAGAUAUGUGAAAAGAAAGUUAGCUAUGGAAUUGGCAAGACAAGAGGAGCUUUAUUACACAACAAUCUUGGACCAAGAUAAUAGCCAUGGCAAUGAAAUGGGAGGUGAAGGAGAUGGUGAAACCAGUGGCUCCAAAAAGACUAGUACAAAUAACAAAGUCCAAAAUCUUGGAAUAACAAUGUUGGCUUCAAAAUUUGCAGCAAAUACAAGAAGAGGAAUUCACCAAAAAUUGGCUGCACUUGACCCUGAUUCCACCAGCUUAACAAUGCCGAAGCUGUUUAAGCCUGAUGAACCAGACUUCUCUGCUUUCCAAGAUGAGAAUUGAGUUUCACAAGUAUUCUUUUAUUCUUUUUUUUUUUUUAACAAAACCAAGAGACCAGAUGAACAUAAUUAUAUACUUUUUACAUAAUCUUCAACAAUAAUUAAAAUGUUGAAGGUGUAAAUGUAAUUGCACAACAAUGACAAUAUAUUGAUAGGUAUACUUAGAAAAGUUUAUUCAAAUUCUAAAUUUGUACAAUACCAUAUUGUCCAAGCUGUAAAAGUUCAGACUUGUUCUUUGAGA